AGGCACCGAGAGACAGAAAAAGGAACAAAGGCAAGUGGUGGAAGUGGAGCUGUUUACGUGGUUUCGUCUAACUCUCAACUCGCUCCAUUGUUCCAACCCCUCUACUCAUGAAGCUUCUCUCUUUCUUCUUCUUCUUCUUCUUAGUUUCUUUCUCUUUAUGUUAAGCAUGGCCGCGGAACCCGCUUUCGUAAGAAAAUCUAGUGCUUCAGCGACAUUGCUGACAUCAAAAUGCAAAGUUUCCAAACGCAAGACUUGCUCUUAUAUUCAACUCCCUCUAUAUUCUGCUGCCCGAGCUUCAUAUUCAAUGGAUGAAGACAAGAGCAAGGUCUACAAACAACUGGGAUUAUUUGCAUUGAAAAGGAAGAUUGAAGAGGCAGUUUUGCGAGCUGAAAUGCUGGCCCCUGCGGCACUCGAACAUGAAGAGGCAAAACGAAAUAAACAGGAAGAAAUGAUACGAGCUUAUGACCUCUGGGAUGACCCUGCUAAAUCCGAUGUGAUUCUUGCCAAGUUAGCUGAUAGUGCCAAAGUGGUUGAUGCCCUUAAGGAUUUAACAUAUAAGGUUGAAGAGGCAAAGUUAAUAACGCAGUUGGCCGAGAUAGAUGCUAUCAAUUAUGGGCUUUUCAAGCAAGCAUAUAGUGCUUCUUUAGACGUAAGCAAGGUUUUGGAUCAUUAUGAGAUGGCCAAGCUUCUAAAGGGGCCAUAUGACAUUGAGGGAGCAUGUGUAGUUAUUAAAGCUGGAUCUGAAGGUCACUCUGAGAUAUGGGCAAGUAAACUGUUGAGAAUGUAUACAAAAUGGGGGAGAAAGCAAGGACAAAAAGGGAGAGUGGUUGAGAAGCGCCCUUCGACGAAUGGUGGCAUUAAGUCAGCGACUAUAGAAUUUGAAUUUAAGUAUGCGUAUGGAUAUCUUUCAGGAGAAAGGGGUGUCCACUUCAUGAUUAGAGGUCCUAAUGUUGAAUCUGCUCUGUUUGAGAGUAGCUCAGCAAGCGUAGACGUUGUUCCCCUGUUCCUUGAAAACACUUACAACCUUCAAAUUGAUGAUAGGGAUUUGAAUAUCACGUCCUCCUCCAUGCUUGAAGAAGAGCAGAGUGGAACUAGACCUUCAGUCUGCAUUCAGCAUAUUCCUACUGGCAUAAGUAUCCAAUCAGCAGGGGAGAGAAACCAAUUCUCAAACCGAAUCAAAGCCCUUAAUCGGUUGAUGGCGAAGCUUCUUGUGAUUGCUUGGGAACAAGGAGUGUCCAAUGUAAGUGACAUCAAUAGAGAGGCCAUUGUUGAUGUGUGGCAAAGAGAGACUCGGAAGUACAAGUCUCAUCCCCAUAAGCUAGUAGAGGAUCUAAAAACUGGUAUCCAACUUCCUGGUCUAAAUUCUGUAUUAGAUGGAAAUCUUGAACCUUUUAUUGGGGCUCUUAUAAUUUUAAGACAGUCAACUAGUAAGUUUUAGCUUGCACAUAAUUCAUAUUUGUGCUUUCAUGAAACUACACCAAUUUUGUUCAAAAUCCAAAAGGAAAUUAAACAUCUCAACAACGAAAGGCACUAAUUAUGGUGCCCCCAAGAAUGGAAUGGAAUGGAAAAUCAAUUUGUUUGCUGAUUCAA